AUGAGCCAGCGAAAAGUUGUUUCCGCACUAUUAAAAUCAACAAGACCAUUGAUUUUUGGAAUGAUUCAUGUUCCUGCUUUGCCCGGUACUCCAUGUCACAAGCUACCAAUGAAUGCUAUCCUAAAAAAUGUUCGCCAAGAAGCCGAAUUAUAUUCGAGAAACAACCUUGAUGGAAUAAUUGUUGAAAACAUGCACGAUAUUCCAUACAUGAAACCGCCAGCAAAUCCGGAAAUUAUAAGCGCUAUGACCCUGGCUUGUUCAGAAGUCGUCAAUGUAAAGGAGAAGUUUAAUACAAAUAUAUUUCUUGGCAUUCAAGUGCUCGCUGCGGCAAAUAAAGAAGCAUUGGCAAUAGCACAUGUCACAGGUAUGGAUUUCGUCAGAGCUGAAGGGUUCGUGUAUUCUCAUGUUGCUGAUGAGGGGUGGAUAGAUGCGUGUGCAGGAGCUCUUCUCCGUUUCCGCUCUAACAUUAAUGCCGACAAUAUCGCUGUGUUCACUGACAUCAAAAAGAAACACAGCUCUCACAGCGUAACAAAUGAUUUGAGUAUUCAAGAAAUGGCAAAAGACGCACAAUUCAAUUGUGUUGAUGGUGUUAUUGUCACUGGAUCCGCUACUGGGUGUGCAGCAAACCCAGAGGAACUAAAACAAGUUUCUAGUCUCUCAAAUCUCCCUGUUUUAAUUGGUUCCGGAAUAAACUCGUCUAAUGCCAAAAACUAUAAGAAAGCGAAUGGCUUCAUUGUUGGAAGUGAAUUCAAAGUGGAUGGCAACUGGAAGAAUCCGCUAGACGAGAAUCGAAUCAAAAAGUUUAUGCGAACAAUAAAACAAUUGGAUCGUUUCAAUUAA